UUUUGGCGCGCUCCGUUGCAUCCGGUGGAGCUGUACUUGCCGCUCAACGGUUUUUUUCUCCAUGCCGGCGUCGCAUUCGCUUCUCACACCUCGUCACUGCUGGAUAGCCUUCCAUCACCCACUGGCCCCGACGCAUCCAUUUCGCAAGGAAAACAUAAAAUACUCAACGCAAAGAUGACUGAAAAUGUUAAAGAUUUGAUCUGCCAGGCUACACGAGCGUACUGGUUGCAUGACUACAAGGAGGCGGUCAAGUUGCUUGCCCAUGUGAGCGAGUUGCUUGUUAAGGAGCACGGGGAUGAUAAGUAUGACGGACUUGGGAACGUCUACUUGUACUACGGUAAAACCCUCUUGGAAUUGGUGCGCGAGGCCGGGGAUCCACUAGGUGAAGUUGUCCCAAGAGAGGUUGGCGUGGCGGUGGAAGGUGACGACGACGGUGCUGAAGAUGAAGAAGAAGAUGGGGAUGAUGGUGAGGAUGACGGCGAAAGCGAUGAUGAUGAAGAUGCCGAGGGAGGGAAGAACGAAGAGGGUGAGGCAGGUUCACAGGACACCGAAGUUAAUUCCACUGAUAUUUCCAUGAAUGGCGAAGCUGCCUCCUCCCAGGAAGGCGUUAAAGACUCCGAAGGAGUUGCAAAACCCGAAACCGCCGAGGAUUCUGGUGAAGAUGAAAAACCUGAAACCGCCGAAGAUUCAGCUGAAGAUGAAGAAGAAGAGGUCGAAGCAAAUGGGGAGGAUGGUGACAAGGAAGAUGAAGAACCUUCAGAUCUUCAACUUGCCUGGGAGGUGCUCGAAUUGGCCAAACAGAUUUUCCAAAAGCGUGGUGAUAGCGGUAAGGAGGACUACGCCGAUUGUCUCAUUACCCUUGGUGAAGUUUCCAUGGAAAAUGAAAACUUCGAGUCUGCGAUUGCGGAUAUCCGAGCAGGUCUGGAGAUCCAGAAGGAGAUUUACACCGAAGGCAAAGACAUGCGCAAACUGGCGCAUUCCCACUACAUGUUGGGCAUGGCUCUUUGCGCCGACUGUAAGAGCGCCGAAAGUAUGACUUCCUACGAGACUACACUACGCAUAAUGAAGGAACGCCUUGCUCUCCUGGAGGCUAUCGAGAAGCCAGGCGCGUCCGACGAGCAGGAAAUCACCGAGAUUAAAUCGCUUAUCCCCGAGGUGGAGGAAAAGAUCACGGAUCUACAGAAUUAUAUCGAAGAGUGUGCCAAGCGGAUGGAACAGCCGGAGGUGGCGGACGACGAAAAGCCACAGCCCAGCUCGCCUGAAAAGAAGGCGACUGACAUUUCGCACCUCGUCAAGAGAAAGCGCGACGACGAUGGCGACGGCGACAGGAAGAGCAGCGCCAUCAAGAAACCAGCACCCGCUGCUCCUUAACGCGCAGAUCAUACUCACACAAUCUGCGGUCGUUGCCUUUUGUAACACUGAAUUUCAUAUUUUCACUUACAAUAUUCCAUUCAUCGCGUGCUAGUGCGCAAUGUGAAUCGGAGCGGAGAAGACUGAUCCAUCUAAUUUAUUUUAAUUAGUUAAGACGAACGGCCGAUAAGAGUUUCCGGUGCGUUUCUGGGCAAGUGUUACCGAUGGUCAGUUUUGGUCUCGUUUGAUUAAUGUUAAUAUUUGCAUAUUGUUCAAAUACUUGUUAAGUGGCAUACAGUUUGUAUUCCCUGUAAUUUAAAUAUAUAAUAUCCUCUUUGGUGUAUUAAAUUUCAUAGGAAUAUUGUUUACGCCAUGUUUGCAACCAUGUUUCUGUCUCAUAUUUUCAUAUUCCAAUACUUGGUAGGUGGCAUGGUUUGAAUACCCCAUAAUUUAAAUGACAGGAAUAUUGUUUAUUACAUGUUUGCAACAGUGUUUCUGACUACAUACUUAGUAACGUGCACAUGCGCAAAUUAUUCCUUAACCGGAAACGGCGCCAUUUUAAUUUUUGGUGGGGACCGUAAUUUGGGUAUAAAUUUCAGCUCCUGCGCUGCAGGAAACAUUCGCAUUUACGAACAGCGCGCCGUUUUUCUGUAAUCACUAAACCGAAUCAAUCAAAAUGCCGUGCGGAGGAUGUGGUUGCAGAAGCGCUUCAGCGAAGAAGUCAAGCAGUAAAAUUCCCGUCAAAUCAAGCUGUAGAAUGCCCGUCAGAAAGACGUGUUGUCAGAGGUCUACCGGCCAAUCAUCCAGAUGUCAAAGACGUACGGCAUGCUAUGAUGAUACUACCUCUUCCAGCGAUUCUUCGGAUUGCACUUCCGAUAGCUCUGACUAGUAAGACGUCUGCAGCUGUUGAAACUGGGAUUUUAUAAGAUAAUUGCAAGUUUUAAAAAAAUAACCGUCAAUUUAAAUUAAUAACAAAAAAAGGAACUGUUUGGUAUUUUUAGUGUGAUAACAUGUUUGUAUUUUUUAUGUUUUAUGUUGUUUAUUUUUCUGGAAAAAAUUUACUGAUGAAUGAAA